ACUACUCUAGGUAUAUUUUAAUUUUGUGAAUUCUAUUUUGCAUUAAACUAUUGAUUCUGUAGGUGUCAACAUAUUUUAGAUUCUUGGUGUUUUGUUUGUUUCUAAACGCAAAUAAUAUCUUAAUCAUACAUUCAUACUAAUUAAUGCAUUUGAUAUAGUGUUAGUCCCGAUACAUGAAUUUUAUUUAUAUCUAUCAUACUAAUGAAAGGCCAGUUUGAUGAAUCAAGGGUAAUUUAGACUACUUAGAAUAUUAGCAAACGAGCGUAAUUUCUAUCUUUUGGAUCAGUUUUCAUCCUUGCUGGUGACACAAUACUAAAAAAAUAAGCGUUACUUGUAAUUCUUUGGUAUUUCAUGCUAUAGGUAAAUAUAUCAAUCUAUCUACUUUAAAUAAUAAAUAUAUAGUUUUCUCCCUGCAUGCUAAAUACUAACAUUAUGCAUGCAUACAUCGCAUAUAACAUUUUACAAAUAUAUAUAUAUAUAUAUAUAGAGCUGUCUACAGGAGAAAAAUGCCAAAAUCAAUUAGCUGGGAACAGAAAAGAAAAACUUUUUAGCAUCUGCAACAAGAUUUAGGUGAGUGUUUGUCUACAUGCUCCGGGAGGAGGAGAGAGAGAGAGGAGGGAAUCUGAAGUGUAUAUUGAUCUAGGGUUUCUCAUAGACAAAGACCAAAUCUCCAUGCUUUGAACCAAGCACAAUUCAUCUUGUCUUUUAUCUCUUUCAUCUCAAACCAAAGUAUUGAUCUAUCCACUUCUUCCAAAACCUAUAUCCAAAGUCUAAAGGCUCCAUAUCUCCGCCCCUUUACAAAGAAAAUGAUCCCAAGUAUGGAUGGAAGCGGGAAGACUACUGACAGGGAGGAAGAGGAGGAGGAGGAGGAGGAGGAGGAAGAAGAAGAAGAAGACGGUGAAGGAGAAGGAGAAGGAGAAGGAGAAGAGAGUAAGGUUUCAAGCAAUACUACAGUAGAAGCUGAGGUUGGUAAGAAGACGAAGGUGAGGCCUUAUGUGAGAUCUAAAGUCCCUCGACUCCGGUGGACUCCUGAUCUUCAUCUCCGCUUUGUCCGUGCUGUCGAAAGACUUGGAGGUCAAGAAAGAGCAACUCCAAAAUUGGUCCGACAGAUGAUGAAUAUCAAAGGGCUCAGUAUUGCUCAUGUCAAGAGCCAUCUACAGAUGUACCGGAGCAAGAAGAUGGAUGAUCAAGGGCAAGCCAUAGGUGAUAACAGACAUUUCAUCGAGAGUUCCACAGAUCGGAAUAUUUAUAAAUUAAGUCAGCUACCGAUGUUCCGAGGCUAUAACACUAAUCAUAGCCACGAUUCUCCAUUCAGAUAUGGAAGUAGAUUUUCAAAUGCUUCAUUGUGGAACUCUAGCUCCCAUGAGACAAACCGGAGUUUAAUAGAUAGAACCUGUUUAAUUCGCGGCUCGUCGGUUAGCAAUAACAUCCAUGGAAGUGAAUAUUGGACUAACAACAGGUCUUUCCCAAACACCUACUCUUCUUCAGUUUCUAAUCACUUACCAAAGCUAAGACACAACCAUCAAGAACGGACAAAUUUAGCCACAUUCAACAGCAUUCAAGGACAUUCAAGAACGUUUGAGAAGUUCGAGACCGGUAUUGAAGAGAGGACCAACCAUGUUUAUUGCAACAAGACAACGGGCAAAAGAAACGCAAGUACCAGCCUCGAUCUUGAUCUCUCUCUUAAGGUAAGAGUACCCGAGGAGACAACUUUGGAAGAGACAGAAACAGCAACAACAACGGAUCAAACGUUGUCGUUGUCGUUAUGUUCAUGGAAAAAGAGCCGAGUGAUCAAGACGGAUGAAGAGGAUCGGACGGUUAAGAUUGGACAGGCAAGUACUCUGGAUCUGACUCUAUGAAUUAUAGGUAAGAAUGAGACAAAUUCUAAGUGAGAUCCUGAGGUACUUAUCCAAUAAUAUCUUAAUAUCAGUGCCUUUAUUGUUAAGUAUUUAUGUACUUUAUUUAAUAUUAUUAGAAAGGAAACAAAAAGGUCUGAAUAUAUAAACAUUUUGAGUUUGUUUGAUACCACCAAUUUGUAUCAUCACAUAUAUAUUAAAAAAAAUGUUACUAGCUG